AUGGAGGAGAUAACGAUCAAGACAUCUCUCCUGACGCUGUACGUCGUCCUGGAGGACUUCAGGGAGGAAGACACCGACUUUAAGGCCCUUGCCUCUUAUUACGGAAGCAUCAUCGGAACACCGGAGAUGGGGGCAGCAUUUCGAGUAUCUGCGGCUGCAGAAUGUAAGUUCCCCCAUCACAUGGGAAUCCCACACCCUCACUGCCCUCAGCGUAUAAAGACUAUCCAAUGGCACCUUCACCAGCUUGCCAUGACGCUCUGGGAGAGGGAGCAGAAGCUGCAGGAGGCUGCU